CAACGCGUAAUAAAUUUUCAGUGUCGUGAAUGGCGGCGCACAAGACGUUUCUUCUGGUCGCACUGACCAUCCUCGUAGAACUCCUCGUCACCGCCAAUGGCGCCCAUGAGCAGAGUAAGUUCGUUUUGCGUGCGUCAUGCGCUCAUACGCGGUGUGUGUGGGGGGGCUGCACUGUUGCAAUGCAGGGACGUCUGCCGAACUGUCCCUCGUGCAGCUGCAGGAGCAGCUUGACCGUUACCAGGAGGCCUUGACCUUCAAGUCCAACCGCACCACGGCGGCCGCCGACAACCUCGCCCUCCUGGCCCACAACGUCCUCCACCACGCUCAGCAAUAUUCCCGUAAGUGGCACUCAGCGCCCCUUGCAUGCGCAGCAUCCACGAAUUCAUCUUGUCAUGGCUUUUCCCACUGCAAAAGGCGAAGUCGUGCGCGAUGCGACGCAGCCCGCCUACCCCGUCGACGAGUGCGCCCCCCCGAGUUUCUUCACUAAAGGCUUCCGCCUGGCAAAAAAAGCUGAGCUGGCCUCCAAGUACUUCUGCUUCGUCCCGUCUGGCGAGGAGCACUGCCUGGUGUGGAACUGCGAGACCGGCUCCGAUGGGCAGCCGCACUACGGCGACUUCCCUUACGACGCGCUGCCCAACCACUGCAUCUUCUUCCCGACUGGGAACAAGAAGGAGGCGUGCAGGGUGGACAAGAAGUGCCCGGGGGAGUGACAAGGAGGCAGAGACACUGGCGUGACGAGGAGGCAGAGACAGUGGCUGGCGUGACAUGCGUGAGACAAACAGAACAUUGUGUGCGCG